GAAGUCAAAUCAUCUAUAGCCAAAAUAACGUUUGGAAAACCCCCAAGUUGGUGCGUCGUUAACAACAACUUUGAUUCGAUGGAGCGCGAAGACGGUAUUCAACAGCCAUUGUCGUCGGAGCAAGUGAUGAGUGAAGUUCACCUCGGCUGCCCUCCUAACCACUCCGGUCCCCAUCUCUCCCAUUUUACCAUCUCGCUACCGCCUCGCUACGAAAAUUCCAUUUUGAGAGGAAAUACUGAUGCAGUUGAGGAUAUGUCAAUUUCUGCAUCUACCAUGUUUGACUUGGAUGAAGAUGGUGAUCUUAUUCUAACACGACGCAAAAAACCACCUAGCCAUCAUCUUGUCUUAACCAUCCAGCAUAAUAUCACUUCAUCGAUUCCUAGAGUUGGUUUGCAGGUUUGGAGAGCAGAACUAGUGCUUACUGAUUUUGUGUUGCAUCUUAUGUCUACAUCAUCUGAUUUUGAUAAAGUUGUUGCAUUGGAGCUUGGGGCUGGUACAGGGUUAGUUGGUAUUUUGCUUGCCCGUGUUGCUAAAACUGUCUUCAUAACAGACCAUGGAGACGAAGUACUUGAGAACUGUGAGAAAAAUGUGGAUCUUAAUGCUGAAAUAUUCCAUGGGAAGGCUUCUGUUCAUGUACGUGAACUUGAUUGGAAAGAUUCAUGGCCCCCUCAAGAGGAGAAUACUUCACCAUCUAAAGGAAGGUACAGCUGGACCCAAUCAGAAAUUGAAGAACUCAAGAAAGCUUCUUUGCUUCUGGCUGCUGAUGUCAUUUACAGUGAUGAUCUGACUGAUGCAUUCUUCAGCAUCUUGAAGAAAUUAAUGUUAGACAACCCGGAGAAGGUGCUAUACUUGGCUAUGGAAAAGCGUUACAACUUUUCCCUUGAUGAUCUUGAUGUUGUUGCAAAUGGAUAUUCACACUUCCGUAGUUACCUGAUCACUGAACAAGCAGAUGAUGCAGGAUGUAAGCAGCUCGAUAGUGCAUCCGAGCCCUUCUUUGUUGGUGAACAGAUCGAUUUGAGAUACAUUCCAUGUUAUGUGCGGAAUUACAAUAGAGGGAAUGACGUUGAACUUUGGAAAAUUAAGUUAAAUCAUAAAGCACUCUCCUGAAUUGCAUUGGUAUACCGGCAAGUGGUUUGUUCAUGUGGAGAAAGGGAAAAAAGCACCAAGCAAGCAAUUUGCAGGUAUAAUAAGAAUAGUAGUGGUUUCAGAAAUAUGACUUCUCGACUUUUCCAUAGUAUUUUAUUAUAAAAUUUAGAUGUUCGAAGACGCGUCACAUGCAAUAUUAGAAUCUUUGAAUGGUGCUGUUUUUAAUUGAGAACCAACUUUAUACUUUUGAUGUGCAAAAGCUAGCAAAAAGUUAUCCAAUCCUCACCUUUCCUUUCUGUUGUUGUCUUUACUCACUAAGGGAAGUUUUGUCCUUUUUAUUUGUAAGCAGAUUUUCGAGCCAAUUUGUAUAUAUCUCGACUAUUGUAUAAGGCAUUAGUUAUGUACUUGCCACCGGCACAAGUGCCGAAUUAAAAUAAUCGCCAAUUGAUUAAGGUGUCCCUUGAGUCACUAAAAGGAAAGUUAAGUCCAAAUUUUCAACUAUAUACUAAUAAACAAAACAACUGCAUGCAAAUACUGGAAUUGCUUCUUUAAAUAAUUGCACUAUUAUAUAUUUAUAUUCCUACCUAAACUUGUAUUGAAAGCUUCUGCUCAACCCCUCCAACACUAGAAAAAGUAAUUAAAAGGAAAAGAGAAGUAAAAGUAGAAAACAUGUAUUGUUCUAAUACAUGUUUAUGAUAAAGUGUUGCUCCUAUAUUUGUUGAACAACUGGAACCCAAGACUCAUAAAUCUUAACUGCCCUCUUGCCUUUUGUAGUGAGUGACUGAGUUCUAGGUCCCAUUUUCCCUACGUAACAAUUAAACAUAUCAGACCCAAAAAAAAACUCAUU